UCUUGAGGACCCUUUUUCUGGACUGGAAGGGUUUCCCGGUCUGAACGGAUUUCCUGGAGCAUUCAAUGAUCUCGAUUACUGGGGAGGAGAUAGUUCAGGGGGGGCUAUUUACGAUACAGUCUUCGGUGCUUGCGAGCAAGCAACUGAGGAGACCGAUGGAAGGUUGGAAGAGGAUUGGUUCGUCGUGCCGAUGCCUGGUCAAUUUCCAAUGUCGAACUGGUUGGUAGAUAAAGUCAGCGACGCCCGUAAUAAUGCGGAGCCCAUUCUACCUUCUACGCGACUUGAAGACCCCGAAUCUACCCGUUUCGAGCAAUAUAUCCCAGAUCUAGGACGGAGCUUGAACCUAGAUCUAGAUCCAUUGUCGUCUAACACUGUCAAUCCGAGCACAGGACCGAUCAAUUUGCAGCUAGAAAAUCAUGUAUCAGAUGUUGUCCCACGGUCGGAAAGGGCUCUGCCGGAAUGUCCUAUGCAGAAAGAACUCGCACACGACACUUGCGACGCAUCCGUCUCUUCUCAAGGCAAAUCGAAUCGUUGCACACGUUGCAACAAAUCAUUCUCGGGGCCUAAAGAGCUGCGACGUCACAUCGAGACGAUACAUCAACAACGACAGAUCCAAUGUCCUCAAUGCAAAAAGAUGUUCGGGAAACGGAGUGAUAAUUUGCGACGGCAUAUGGUACGAUACUGUAAAUUUGAACAGACACAACGGAGUGGUUUGGGCGGCUAAGGUGACCGUCUGUGCAUGGGCACCCGAACAUGGGAUAAAGAGGGUUAGACGAAGGCAGGGUUGCCCAGUUUUAAGGCAUUAGUAGUUCCUCCUGUAAACGCGGUCCAACUUACUGGGCGUCAAAAACCCUGCCUGUUCUCUGUUUAAACAGAAUAGCACUUAAUCUCGACGAGGUUAGAUUAUGUUAUUAUAAUGAAUUUAAGUUAGUCU